AUGAGCGCGAAGAAGGUCGGGCAGGCGGUGCAGGCGGACUGGGACAACCGCGAGUUCGUGGAGUCGCUGCGACUCAACAUCCAUCGCAUCUACACCUUCGUCAACGACUUCGCGCAUAUCCAUCCGAUCAAAGGCGAGUGUCAAGGGCUGGCCGGCAACCUCGUGGGCGACAUGGAGCGACAGCUGGCAGAUAUGAAGAGUGCCGGCAUUCCAGGAGGAUGGAGGCUCAUCUGCUCUGUGCUGGUGUUUAGACCCCUUUACCACUGCAUCUUCUUCCCCCUUCCCUUGCCUUCCUCCCCCUGUCACUGCCCUUCUCCCCUGUGCCUCCUGGCCUGCUCUACUUGGGAUCCCGCCUGUGCCAGAGGCGAGUGCCAAGGGCCGGCUAGCAGCUCUGAACAGCAAACUGACUUCACUGGAGCGACAGCUGACUUACCUGGAAUCUCAGGUGCUCUCUGCUGA